AUGGCUGGACAUGAAGAUGAUAGUAGUGGACUUGUAAUUGAUAAUGGAUCCGGUAUGUGUAAAGCUGGAUUCGCUGGUGAUGAUGCACCAAGAGCUGUAUUCCCAUCAAUUGUUGGUCGUCCAAGACAUCAAGGUGUUAUGGUUGGUAUGGGACAAAAAGAGACUUAUGUUGGUGAUGAAGCACAAUCGAAAAGAGGUAUUCUAACUUUGAAAUAUCCUAUUGAACAUGGAAUUGUUUCAAAUUGGGACGAUAUGGAGAAAAUAUGGCAUCAUACAUUUUAUAAUGAAUUACGUGUAGCUCCAGAAGAACAUCCUGUCCUACUUACUGAAGCACCAAUGAAUCCUAAAGCAAAUCGUGAAAAAAUGACACAAAUUAUGUUUGAAACAUUCAACAGUCCAGCCAUGUAUGUUGCUAUCCAGGCAGUUUUAUCUUUGUAUGCAUCUGGUCGUACUACGGGUAUAGUAUUGGAUUCAGGUGAUGGUGUAAGUCAUACUGUUCCUAUUUAUGAAGGUUAUGCUCUACCACAUGCAAUACUUCGUCUCGAUUUGGCUGGUCGUGAUCUAACUGAUUAUCUUAUGAAAAUAUUGACUGAACGUGGUUAUUCAUUUACAACUACUGCUGAACGUGAAAUUGUUCGUGAUAUCAAAGAAAAACUGUGUUAUGUUGCCUUGGACUACGACCAAGAAAUGAAUACUGCUGCAGUUAGUUCAUCUCUUGAAAAGAGUUAUGAAUUACCUGAUGGUCAAAUGAUUACGGUUGGAAAUGAUCGAUUUCGAUGUCCUGAAGCAUUAUUUAAACCAAGUUUCUUAGGUAUGGAAUGCUCCGGUAUACAUGAAACAACUUAUAGUUCAAUUAUGAAAUGUGAUGUUGAUAUUCGUAAAGAUCUUUAUUCAAAUAUUGUUCUGUCUGGUGGUUCUACUAUGUUUCCUGGUAUUUCAGAUCGUAUGCAAAAAGAAAUUUGUAGUUUAGCUCCAACAACAAUGAAAAUUAAAAUUGUUGCACCACCUGAACGUAAAUAUUCUGUAUGGAUUGGUGGGUCUAUAUUAGCUUCAUUAUCAACAUUUAAUCAAAUGUGGAUCACAAAACAUGAAUAUGAUGAAUCUGGUCCAGGUAUUGUACAUCGUAAAUGUUUUUAG